GGAAGCCCCGGGUCCUGUUGAUGUGCAACACGACCUGCGGGCCAGUUAAAACUUUUGGCCGCUUUUGGCAGGUAAGACGUUUUAGCAAAAAUAUCACUGUCAACACUGUCAGGCAGGUUAUGGCAGCAGCAGGCAAGGCCAAAGAGAAAGAGCCGGUGGAUAUAGUUCACCAGAAUGCGAUUCACGUGGAGACCAUCCUGAAGGAGCAGAGGAGUCAGAAGCUCUACACCGAGUUCAGCAUUAAUCCUUUCAAAAAGCUGCAUGUUUUGACCAACAAACCCAUGUCAAGGACUACAUAUGAAGAGGCAGAGGAAGACCCUGCCUUCCUAAAGAUUAUUCAUGGAGCACAUUUGGAACCAACAAAGAAGUACACUCAUGCCAUGACGGAGUCUCAAGAAAUUGGGUGGAUAUCCACUCCUCUGAUUGUUUCGGAUCGCGCAGAUAGAAGACUGAACUUCCCACGGCAGAAUUCGGAGAUUACCAAAUACAUGGAUGCUGCCUGGCGUCUGAAGGAGCAAACCCAGAACCUUGGAUGAAAUUCACAGUUUUAUCUGCAACGACCACAAUGUGUUGCUCUCAGGAUUCUCCAAACACGGAAAAUAAUUUGUCUUAUUGUGCUUACUGUCUUGUAUUAAAUCAUAGCACCAUAUCAUGAGCAAGAGUAGUACGGUUUUCCAGUCAUCAGCCUUGGCUGUCUGUUGGUAAUCAACGUGACUGAGAAAGCACGUUUGGAUCAAAUGUACAAAAUGUAAUUUCAUGUCAAAAUAUGAAUUGCAUGGGAAUAUUUUGCAAAUGAGCUCUUCACGAGGGAAAAAUCCAUAAACAUUCUGACAAGCAGCUAAUGAACAAUUGACUUAUUCACAUGUUUUAUGCAGGUGCAAUUCUGCUGAGUCAGAGUUACAUCUGGAAGUGGAAAUUGUUUCUUUUGUAUUCCAGUGAUAUAUGACAGUUUAUAAAUAAUCAGGAUGUGGCAGUAAAUGUUAGUUUGUUCUAGAGUGAUUUGCUGUACUUUAAGAAGGGAUAAAUACAUUAAUGUGAAAUCCUUGUUUUA